ACUGCCACAUCGUUAAACGUGGCAACAACAGCUCGAACCCUCAUUUGUCGCACUUCCGACGUGCCGCAGCGAGCGAAGCGACAAAAGUCGCACGCAAAACGCGUGGAAAGAAAAUGGCAAGAAACGCGAUAAGAGACAGCGGCCUCAUGUGCAUGCUGCUGUUUGCCUUUGGCUUGCAUAUCACACUGAGUAAAGCAGCAGAUAAUUGGCAACGCUUUCCCACACUCGAAACAUUCGUCAGCUAUGAGGACAUGCAACGUUAUUUUGAUCAGCGCAACUUCCGCAGCAUGCGGCACAUCGAGAAUCCCAACGAUGACAGCUAUUUGGACGCCUUCAAUCAGUACAACGAACAGCCAGCGAAUCCCACGCAGACUGCAAAUGUCCGCACCAAACGGGCGGAGCGUCAAUUGCCCAGUGCUCCGCGCAUGUUGCGCUUCGAUCUCAGCGAUGCCGUGGAGCCUAGCCAGGAAUUGAAGCAGUUACUCCGCCAGUAUCAGCAGCGUGCGCUUCAGCCAGCUCCCGCUCCUGCACGUGCUCUAACUCCAGCUCCAACAGCUCCAUCAGCUCCAGUUGCUGCUCCCAGCAGCACUGCAAAGCCUAGCAACAAACGAUCUCGGAAACCGCGUCGCUUGCGCAGAUCAACUUUGAAUCAACAGCCGGCCAAUUUCAAGGUGGAAAUGAUUCCCUUCGAGGCGACAGAUGCCCGCGAACCGGAUGCCAUCACAGCACAGCAUAUCCAGCGUGCCAGGGCAUUGGAUUUGCAAAGGGAACCAGCUCCGACUGAAGUGCACCCAUCCGCCAAGCAGCCCAAGCGCAAAUCUAAGCGCGCCAAGCGCUCAGCUCCGCUGCAGUUGGUCAAAUUUGAGCUGGCGGAUGCAAAGACAUCUCUGCCAGCUUCGCUACAGCGCACUGGGAAAAAUCUAAGCCCAACCAGUCAGCUCACGAUGGAAGCGAAUCAGAAUCAGCAUCAAAAUCGAACCACAACCCAAACAAGCCAAGAGGAGAAUAUGCUGAUGUCCGGUGAAUCUGCAGCAGAGUCCAAACGCCUUUAUGUCUACAAGGAGGCGCCAAUCAAAGCCAAGAAGUCGAUCAGCACACUACCCCACGAGGUGCAAAAGGUCAUCUCGCAUAUAAUCAAGGAUGGUAACGGUGGCAAGGCUUACAUCAAAUAUCUGACACCCCAAAAGGUAGACUACGAGCACUACAAGGCGAAGACCAUCUCGUAUGUACCCAAGCCCACGGCCUAUAUCAAAUAUAUGGCACCCAAGCCCGUGGAGCCGGUGCAUGUCCACAUUCAGCCCGUUCCCGUUGUGGAGCAGUUACGCUACGUUUACAAGCCACAAUAUGCGCAGGUUUACCAACCACCGCACACCAUUCAGCAGCCGAUUGUGGUGCAGGAGACACCACAGGCUGUGGAGCAAGUGCAUCACACCUAUACCGCUGAGGCAGCUGCCGAGCCAGCUUUGCCAGAGCCAAAACUAAAUGUUAUUCCACCACAAUUUCGACCCUCCAAGCCGGAUCCGUUGUUGGAGUCGGCGCCAGUCUAUGGACGACCCAUUGAGCAAUAUCAGUAUGAGAUUCAAGCUGAACCAGAUCCCACCCAAUCACCACUCAUUAAGAUUGAGUAUCAUGCGCCUGCAGAUAAAAUUAACGAGCACUACAAACAGAUGCCCGAAUUCCGGGAGCUGUCCACGCUGAUUGGUAAAUCACCCGACGAUCAAAUCCAUGGACUCACCUAUCUGCUGGCCAAGGAGAUGCAGGCCAAGUUACAGCGUCAGCCUAAACAGCUGUUGGUGGCUCAAGUGCCCGAUCCCCGUCCGCAAGACAACACUGCGCCCAUACUCUUCCAUCCCGGACUGCAGCAGCCGCCACCAGUUGCCGGCGCAUUCAAAACGGAUCUCAGCUCGCUGGGAGUGCAACCGGGUCGUCUGAUUGGCAUGGGCAAAACGAAACAAUAUGUGCCCAUUGUGGAGUCGAGCCACAAUGAUGUCAAAGAACUGCCAGCCGUGGUCAGCAGCUCGCCCAUAAAGUUGCCCACGCCCAGCUCAUUCGUUGACUACAUGCCAGGACACGGAUUAUCGCAUGGCUACGAGGGUGUUCGCAAUGAGCAACCCUUUACCACAGUGGAGCACAUUGUGCAUCAGCCCACGCUGCAGAAGCAGCCACUUCUUCCUCAGCCUCAUCCUCAGCCUCAUCCGCAUCCUCAUCCUCAUCAGGCUAUACUCGCCACAUCCCUGCCAGCCCAUCUCGAGGGCGAUAAGAUUGAGAAUGGUGUGCAUUAUGUGCACAGUCACGAUGACAAGUCGCUGCAUCAGUAUGCCUCAAAGUAUGCCUUUGGUUAUCGCAUACGUGAUUUCCAUACCGGCAAUGAUUUUGGCCACAAGCAGAAUAGGGAUUUGCAUGGCGUGACACGCGGUCAAUAUCACAUUUUAUUGCCAGAUGGACGCGUCCAGAACGUGAUUUAUCAUGCAGAUGAUACGGGCUUCCAUGCGGACGUUAGCUUCGAGAGCGGAACAACUAGGCACUGAGUAACGGCCAGAGGAAAACAGGAAAUCCAACCGUAAAACAACAACAAAAAUGAACCAACCUAA